UAAAUCCCUUGCUAAAAAAUUUCGAUUGAGAUAGGGUUUAGUUUAGGAAACUUUUCUCCAAAGUUUCCUAUUUCGGUCUUUUUGUGUCAUAGUAAUUUUCAUAGUCAAAAUGGUUUCAGUUUUGAAUUUAGUGAAAAGAAAUAACGUGGGCCAUCUAUCGAAGUAUUUGGCCGCUAAUGACCGAAUAUAUCAGCACGUUAGGAGUGCAUCAAAAUGGUACCCCGGUGUCGAAGAAAUGAAAAGAUUUGAACGACCUGUUAUGUUUGUACCUGAAGAAGUAAGUGAUUGGAAGGUGGAAUCAUGGAAUUCUAAUCCUCAGCCUAUUGAACGAGAAGUGAAAAACAUGACCAUAAAUUUUGGACCACAACAUCCAGCUGCCCACGGUGUACUUAGAUUAGUACUGGAACUGGCAGGAGAGGUCGUUAUACGCGCUGAUCCUCAUAUUGGACUUUUACAUCGUGGUACAGAAAAAUUAAUUGAAUACAAAACAUAUACUCAAGCAUUGCCGUAUUUUGAUCGUCUUGAUUAUGUAUCUAUGAUGUGUAAUGAACAGUGUUAUUCGUUAGCUGUAGAAAAAUUGUUGAACAUUGAUAUACCAUUGAGGGCAAAGUAUAUCAGAACAUUGUUUGCGGAAAUUACUCGUUUAUUAAAUCAUAUUAUGGCUAUUGGUACACAUGCGUUAGAUAUUGGUGCUAUGACACCAUUCUUUUGGUUGUUUGAAGAACGAGAGAAAAUGAUGGAAUUCUAUGAAAGAGUAUCUGGAGCUAGGAUGCAUGCUGCAUACAUUCGUCCAGGAGGCGUGUCUCAGGAUAUACCACUUGGAUUAAUGGAUGAUAUAUAUCAAUUUAUAUCGAAGUUUGGUGAACGUAUUGAUGAAACUGAAGAUAUGCUUACAAAUAAUGGUAUUUGGAUUGCUAGGACACGUGAUAUAGGUGUUGUGAGCGCUGAAGAUGCUCUAAAUUUAGGUUUUAGUGGUGUUAUGUUACGUGGUUCUGGUAUCAAAUGGGAUUUACGUCAAACACAGCCUUAUGAUGCAUACCACCUUGUUGAUUUUGAUAUACCUAUUGGUGCUCGUGGUGAUUGUUAUGACAGAUACUUAUGCAGAGUUGCAGAAAUGAGGCAAUCACUUCGAAUUAUUGAACAGUGUUUGAAUCAAAUGCCAGCUGGAGAAAUUAAAACUGAUGACAUGAAAGUAUCAACACCAUCUAGAUCAGAAAUGAAAAACUCUAUGGAAGCCUUAAUUCAUCAUUUCAAAUUGUUUACCCAAGGUUAUCAAGUACCUCCAGGUGCUACAUAUACUGCAAUUGAAGCACCCAAGGGUGAAUUUGGCGUCUAUUUAGUUUCUGAUGGUACUUCUAGACCAUAUAGAUGUAAAAUUAAAGCACCUGGAUUUGCACAUCUUGCUGCAUUAGAGAAGAUAGGAAAAAAACAUUUCCUUGCUGAUAUUGUUGCUAUAAUUGGAACACUUGACGUCGUCUUUGGCGAAAUUGAUCGUUAAGUUUUUGUACUGGUGUUUAUUGGCACAAGUUCAGUCUUGUUCCUGUGCAUUAUAUAAUAUAUUAAAUCAUGAAGUUAAGUGUUUUCUAGAAAUAAAGCUGUAUAAAUAUUGAAA